UAUUUACAGCUCUUUACAGCUACACUGUUUCCAAGUGCGCAGCGACGCAGGAUGACACUCCACUGGACUUAAGCAAUAAGGAUUUCCGUCUUCGCGCAGCAAACUGACGCUCAUCUCCUUUUUACUAAGAACUAAAAAAAAAAGUUUGCCAAAAGUUGACUUCUUGUUUUCCAAGAUGCCACGCUCCUUUCUGGUCAAGAAACACAUAAACUCCGCAAAGAAGCCAAAUUAUAGUGAGUUGGAAAGCCCAGCAGUGUUCAUCACACCGCACAUCUACAAGGCUCUUCCCCUGUCAGUCAUCCCCCAGCCUGAGAUCCUGAGCCCGGCGGCGUACAGCCCCAUCACAGUGUGGACUACCAGCAACUUGCCGCUAUCUCCGCUCCCCAGUGACCUCUCUCCCAUCUCUGGAUACCCCUCAUCGCUCUCCGACACCUCCUCUAAAGACCACAGCGGCUCCGAGAGCCCGAGGAGCGAUGAAGACGAGCAGAUGCUGCCCAAGCUAACAGACCCUCACGGAGUUGAGGCAGAGAAAUUCCAGUGCAGUUUGUGUAGUAAAUCCUACUCCACGUACUCUGGACUGCUCAAGCACAAGCAGCUGCACUGCGACGCCCAAACGAGGAAAUCCUUUAGCUGUAAAUACUGCGAGAAGGAGUACGUUAGCCUGGGGGCUCUCAAAAUGCACAUCAGGACUCACACCUUGCCUUGUGUUUGCAAAAUAUGCGGGAAAGCUUUCUCCAGACCGUGGCUGCUCCAGGGACACAUCAGGACGCACACUGGAGAGAAGCCCUUCUCCUGCCCUCACUGCAACAGGGCGUUUGCGGACAGGUCCAAUCUCAGGGCUCACCUACAGACCCAUUCGGAUGUGAAAAAAUACCAAUGCAAGAACUGCUCCAAAACCUUCUCCAGGAUGUCUCUUCUGCACAAACAUGAGGAAUCUGGUUGUUGUGUAGCACACUGAACUGGGAUACCUUUUCCACCACCACCAAAAAAACAAACGAAAGAAAAAAACACCCUCCUCUCUUUCUUCUUUAUUGUUUUUUUUGCCCAAACCCAGGAGAACUGUCAGGGAAUCACACCAAAGUGGGUUUGUUCACAAAUUUACAGACUUUUUUUUUUUUCUUCUACUACCGGCCGAUUUCAUUUCAGAGUGCGAAAUAGCUCAGUGCUCGCAAGCCUCUCGUUUCAAGCAGUGUUUCUGUGAUUGCAAUCAGUGUCGAGCUUUGUCAAACCAUGUACUCACCUACCUGUGCUAUUCAUGCACUUUUCUGCAUGUCUAGAAGUUUUAUAUGCCUUCACAAUGUUAUCUACAGUGUUUGUACCAAUGUCUCUCUCAAUGGCUGUUAAGCAGUUUAUUAUUGUUUUUUUUAAUACAAGCAAUACCAAAAGGUGCAUUUUGAAUGAAUGGCAGUAUAACCAGAGGAAUAUUGAAGCCAUUGCUAGAUAGGGAACAAGUGCAAACUUAGACUUAGGGUGAAUUUAUUAUAACUUUUGCACAGUCUUUAGAAACAGUUCGCCAGCACUCAGAAAGCAAUAGAAGUGCCUCAGAUUUACUCAGCAAUAAUAUGCAUUUUCCAGCGACAGGUUCCUUUUUCUAUUUUUAUAUAUUGAAUGUAAGUGUGACUGAGAUGAUUGUAUAUUAACAGUGAAAACUGUGAUGCUAAAUGAUUUUGAUAUUUUCAUAUUAUCAUGACACUUUUGAAAAUAAAGUUUCAUGACAUUUUGUAUAA